AUGCGGAACCCAUCCCUGCCUGGGCGAGAGGGCGGCUGGGCCCCCGGCCUUGGCCCUGGGGCCUGGGGCCUGGGCCCAAUGGACACCUGGGCACUGGCCCCUGGGGGCUCGGAGCCUCGGACUGGUAGUUAUAAGUUUGCAACCACAGGGCAGGGCCGGCACUGCGGCCGGCUUGAGGCCACGUCCCAGGAACUCAGAAGUGAGGGAUCUGCAGUCUCUGCUGUAUUUAUUUAA